GGAUCGCCAUGCCAACGCUGCCAAAAUCGAAGGAUUAAAUGCUCUUAUCGAAGACAACAUAGAGGCCCCGUAAGGUCACGGACUACCGGUCGCUUCAGGGCACUCUUGCCACGGUCCAAUGAUCAACUCGUAUCUGUUGCAGCCUCCGGAAGGGACGCUCCUUUACACACAAGAUCCAUGACUUUUGGUGUGGAAGCAAACCAAUCCAAAAGCGAAGUCGGCCCAAAACGCCCAGACCAAGGAUAUCAACCCGUCCCAGGACCGCAAGCGGUUGACCACUCGAAACCCUUCUUAUCACGAACCAUCGGUCACUUGGCAGCCGAUAUAGCCUCCGAAGAGGGCGCCGCACUGCAUCCAGAAUUCGAGUCUGGAUGUAGAAUGAUCCAUUGGGUGGUAUUCCAACGAUUUACCCCGAGCGGAUUGGCUUACAAUGGUUUGAAGGAAGACUAUUGUGUGCCCCUCCAUCUUGUA